UUGUGCUUUUUAAAAAGGGGGGUCUCAGCUGUUAGUCCUGCUCUUCUCUGGGCGGCGGGGAAGCGAACUGGACCUUGUUCCUACUGACAUCCAACUUCUAACCGUUUUAGGAACAAAGUGAACUUUAACAACAACAACAACAACAACAACAACAAACAAUUUUAAUCUAAAAAAAAAAAUAAAAAAAUCAAGAACCAAACAUUUCGCAGGAGCCCUUUUUGGGUUACAGUGGAACCAUGAAGUGGGCCUGGGUGCUCCUGGGCUCGAUCCUAGCCCUGGGCGCGUUGGCCUGGGCGGACAAGGGCCUGGAGAUCCCCACCUACGAUGGCAAGGACCGCGUCCACGUCCUGCACAACAGCAACUUCAAGACCGUGAUGAGGCAGUACGACGUCAUGGUGCUUUACCUGCACCGGCACGUCGGGAGCAACCGCGCCGCCCAGAACCAAUUCGAGAUGGAGGAGCUGGUCCUUGAGUUGAUAACAAGUCCAGCAGCCCUUACCUACCAGCUCGCUGCCCAGGUCCUGGAUAACUUGGAUGAUGAAGACAUUGGCUUCGGUCUGGUGGACUCCAAGAAAGACAUCGCCGUAGCCAAAAAGCUGGGUCUGGAUGAGGUCGAUAGUAUCUAUAUUUUCGCUGAUGAUGAGGUCAUAGAGUAUGAUGGCCAGAUGGCUGCCGAAACACUGGUGGAGUUUCUCUAUGACGUAAUUGAAGAGCCAGUAGAGAUCAUUUUCAAUGAGAGAGAGCUAAAAGGCUUCCACAACAUUGAUGAAGACAUUAAGCUGGUGGGCUACUUCAAGAGUGACAGGUCCCCCCACUUUAUUGAGUUUGAUGAUGCUGCAGAGGAGUUUCAUCCCUUCAUCAAGUUCUUUGCCACCUUUGACUCCAAGAUUGCCAAGAAACUGGGUCUGGUACUGAAUGAAGUCGAUUUCUAUGAGCCCUUCAUGGAGAAGCCUGUGACCAUCCCUGGCAAACCCUACACUGAGGCUGAGCUGGUGGACUUCAUUGAAGAAAAUGACAGGCCAACUCUGAGGAAAAUGGAAGGCCACAGCAUGUAUGAGAUCUGGGAGGAUACUAUUGAUGGGCAGCACAUUGUGGCCUUCGCUGAGGAGGAUGACCCUGACGGUUUUGAGUUCCUUGAGAUCCUGAAGGAGGUAUCCCGUGACAACACAGAUAACCCCCAUCUCAGCAUCAUCUGGAUCGACCCCGACGACUUCCCACUGCUGGUGCCAUACUGGGAGAAGACCUUUGGCAUUGAUCUCAACUCCCCUCAGAUCGGAGUGGUGGAUGUGGAGGAUGCUGAUAGUAUCUGGCUGGACAUGGAUGAUGAUGAGGACAUGCCCACUGCUGAGGAACUGGACGACUGGAUUGAGGAUGUCUUGGCUGGCAACAUUGACCCAGAUGAUGAUGAUGAUGAUGAUGAUGAUGACGAUGAUGAUGAUGAUGAUGACGAUGAUAAUGACGAUGAUGAUGACGAUGACGAUGACGACGAUGAUGAUGACGAUGACGACGAUGAUGACGAUGAUGACGAUGAUGAUGAUGACGACGAUGAUGACGACGAUGAUGAUGACGACGAUGAUGAUGAUGACGAUGAUGAUGAUGAUGACGAUGAGUAAAUUCAAACCGCCGUCUAUGGGAAGAAGCCACCUCUCAUUUCUACAACAUCAAAAGGCCGUCGCUAUCAACAUCUCAAAGUCACUGUUUUGUUGUCAAAAAGUCAAAUUUUUGUAUUCUUUUUCUCUUUCUACAUCAUCUUCACUCGUCAUAGAAGACAGUCCAUAAACCAGCUCCAGCACAUUUCUGGAGGAUCCACCGUUAGAUUGCCUGAUCCAUUGUCAAGACUCUCAAAGUCACACCUGUUCUGUGUUAAGACUUAGAUCCCUCACAGACAUUAAAAAAGCCCAUGUUAAAAAUCCUA